CUGCUGUCGCGGGGUUCCUGUCGCGGCAUGUGAUAUAACAGCAGCUCGAUCAUCCAGGGGUUCAAGUUCUGGUGAACCGCCUUCGCUCUUGAUCUUUACCUUCUUGUUUACCCUGAUUACCAAGUCCUGCGCCGCUGCACAACGUUCAGUAUGGGUGAAAUGAUCAUGUCCAAUGAGCCCUGGGACUUCCUGAACUCCGUCUUGAGGUUCAGGGACGAUGACUCUCAGUUCUGGUGGGACAAGACGGGACGCAUGUUCUCCAAGCUCCUAAAGUACGCCGGCUACAGCGCAGCAGACCAGUACCGCGAACUCAACUUUUACUCUCUUUUCGUCGCUCCUGAACUCGGCCCUUCACCAGACUGCCACGGCAAUGUUAGAAGAUGGAGAAGCCCGGGUACACCAGACUCUACUCCCAUCGACUUCAGCUGGGAAUGGGGUCGCGACAAUCAAGCCGUUGUUCGCUACUCCUUUGAGCCCAUUGGCCUCCAUGCCGGCACAGAGCUAGACCCUCUCAACAGACACGCAACAAAUGACUGGAUCUUCAAGCUCCAACAACAAAAGCUGGUUCCCAAUCUGGAUCUGGAGUGGUACAAUCACUUCACCAGACAAAUCCUGCCCCAUGGCACCCGGACAAAGACCGUAGACUGCUUCAUCGAAGAGACAACACCCAAGGCAGGCACUGUGGUGGCCCUCGACAUCGAGAAGAGCGGUCCUGUCAUGAAGAUCUACAUCUACCCAGGACUUAAGGCCGAAGAGCUCGGCAUCACGAACCUCGAGCUAGUGGAGCAGUCUAUCCGCAGCCUCCCGACCGACCAAUUCCUAUCACUCGGCGCCGAGCCACUCUUAGACUUCCUUAAGGAAGGCACAAAGAAAUACAACUUUGAGACAGGCAUUCUCGCCAUCGACUGCCUGGCGCCGAAAGAUGCUCGCAUCAAAGUCUACAUCAGAGCAAAGCACACAACCUUUGAGUACAUGAUGGACUGCCUGACCCUUGGAGGCAAGCUCGACAUGUCGGGUGAGGCAAUUGACGACCUCAAGGACUUUUGGAAGACCUUCCUCGCGGACGCACCGGAUGUGCUCGAUGAUGAAGCCCCUGGACGUGCAUCACCGGGCUUCUACUACACCCUCGGUUGUGGUAAGGCAAUCUCACCAAAGGUGUACAUCUCCCCCAACUACUUUAGCAAGAAUGAUAUAGAUGUCCUUGCCCGCCUUCGCAGUUUCUUCUCUACUCGUCGGUCGGACUCAAUGAUGGACAAUUACGAACAAGCCUUGAGCGAUAUCUUUGGACGCAAAACUCUGGCAUCUCGUUGCGGUAGCCAUUACUACGUUGGAUGCGCCUUGGCCAAGGGCCAAUUGAGGGUGGUGACAUAUCUCAGCCCUCAGUCUUUUGACUGCGAGAAGGACAUGAUUCAGGCUCGGAGGCCAUGACAAUGAGUGAUGAGAUACUUGGUUGUUGCAUAGUGGCUUGGCUCUUCUUUUUAACUUGAUAUCCGAUAUAUUUCAUGAUGUUGGUCACUUGCAUUUGCUCCAUCUGCAUGUCGUAAUGUCCGAGCUUUCCGUCGAGACGAACAUUUGGUCCGUGUUUAGAAGUGGUGUUGAAUUUGGUUUUUAAACUUCGCAUUAUUGGGUUCGUAAAUUAAGACACGUGUGGUGCAAGCGAAAUGGUACUUUGGGGGAACAGAGUUUGCUG